CAUCAGCCAACUUCAUAUACUUCAACGCUCAUAAUUUCACCUGUUGCUUUCCAAGUUUCAAUCUCUUGGAAGUAACCCUCCUCUGUUCUUACUAAGAAAAACUCUUAUCAGAUAAACAAUUCAAAGUUCACCGAAACCCGUUGAUUAAACUUUGAGCUUUUCAUGCUUAGAGUUAUCCUCUUUAACCCAAUUUCCCCCACAUUGAAAUCUCUUCAAGAUCAAUGGAAAAACCUAUAUGCUUCAUAGUUUUUUCAUUCCUGCUCGUUUCUGCUAAUACCCAUGUUGAAUCCCACCAAGAAGGAUGGAUAUCUGGUGUUAUAUCCAAAAAAGGUCUUGAUUUUUCUAAAGAUUUGCUGAUUGAGAAAGCUGUUUCUUCCAUGUUUCCACUUCACCUUCCUGAUAUUGAAAAGUCUGUAAAAAUCCCACUUAUUGGCAAAGUUCAUCUUGGUCUUUCUGAUAUCGUAAUUUACAGCGUCGAUUUUCCUUCUUCAUCGGUUGAAACCGGGGACUCUGGUAUUGUUUUAGUUGCUUCUGGUGCUACUGCUAAUUUGAGAAUGAAGUGGAAGUAUUCUUACAAAAAUUGGGUAAUCACUAUUUCGGAUCAUGGAACUGCUACUGUUAAGGUUCUAGGCAUGGAAGUGGGGCUUAAUGCGGCUAUUAUAAACGAAGAAGGAACUCUCAAGUUAUUAUUAUUGGACCAUGGAUGUCAUGUGAAAGAUAUCUCCAUAGAUGUAGAUGGUGGAGCUUCUUGGCUUUAUCAAGGGAUCGUUGAUGCUUUCCAAGGGAAAAUAGUGUCUGCAGUUGAAGAAGCUAUUACCAAGAACAUCCAAAAAGGAAUAAUAACUCUCGACUCGAAGUUGCAGUCAAUUCCAAAAGAACUGCAAGUUAAUAGUGUUGUUGCAUUGAAUGUUACUUUCAUGGAUGACCCUUUGUUAACUAAUUCUUCCGUGGAGAUCGAUAUUAAUGGUCUAUUCAAGGGAGCAGAUGAAAUUUCAGUUUCAAACUAUUACUGUAAAAGAUCACAAAAUUUCCUUACCGGCAAUGGUUUAGCAAAGAUGGUUGAAAUCUCUUUACAUGAAAAAGUUUUUGAGUCUGCUGCAUCAGUGUACUUCAAUGGGGAUUAUAUGCAUUGGACUGUCGAUGAAAUACCCGACUCGCUGAUGAACACUGACGGAUGGAGAUAUAUUAUACCUCAACUGUAUCAGAAAUAUCCAGAUGAUGAUAUGAAUCUUCGUCUGACAGUAACUUCUCCACCAAUCAUACAAAUUGCAGAUCAUGAUAUUGACACCACCAUUUAUGCAGAUUUGAUUUUUGAGGUCUUAAAUUCCGAUGAAGUUGUGCCAGUCGCAUGCGUCUCAUUAGUGAUAAAAGCAUCUUGUUCUGCUGAAAUACAUCGGAACAAUCUUGCUGGUAGCAUUAGACUAAUUGACUUCAAAGCAUCUUUGGCAUGGAGCAAUGUUGGUGAUCUUCACAUGCAGCUUGUUCAGGCUGCAAUAUCAACCAUCCUCAAAACCUUCUUCAUGCCAUAUCUUAACUUACAUCUUAGAGAAGGGUUCCCUUUGCCGCUUCCCCAUGGUUUUACACUUCAGGAUGCUGAAAUCAUCCAACUUGAUUCAAGGGUUAUAGUUCACAGUGAUUUAAGCUACGCCAACAGAUACGACCCCUCUCAGCUAGGUACCAAUUUAUUAGUAACAGCUUGAAUACUUGAUGUUCAUACUAAAGUCGAAUGUGCUAAUUGUUAAGUACAUAAAAUUAUGUACAAGUGAAAGUUCAAAAAGAAUAUUACAGUGUAUAGCUUAUGAUUAUGUUG